UUUUAAUUAUUUUAUAUAACAGCACGAGAUGGGAUGACAUUUUUGUAUGCCAUUCCAGUUAUUUAUACAGACCGCUUUACAAUCAGUCUAAAAGAAUGUCUAAUAAUGCCGAAAUUUGUGAAAUUUGAGGUCAUUCCAUUGUAAUUGCGUGGUAGCCAUUACGCUGCAGACGAUCUGACGUCAUCGGUAAAUGUUUGGGUGACUGUAGUAUUUGUAAAUUUUUAGUUGUCGGUAAAUUAAGGGUAAUCAAGUAGUAGAAAAAAAUGGAUACGGCUCUAAGGGAGCAAGUUAUGAUAAAUCAAUUCGUUGUCGCUGCCGGUUGUGCCAGGGAGCAGGCAAAGCAGCUGCUGCAAGCGGCACAUUGGCAAUUUGAGACUGCUUUGAGUAUAUUUUUUCAAGAAGCCGCCAUUCCCUCAUGCCAGACAGGAGCUUCCACACACUUCGGACAGAUCAUGACUCCAUGCAACACACCUGCAACCCCUCCAAACUUUCCGGAUACUUUAAUAGCAUUUUCAAAAAUGUCUACCAGUAACGGUACCACUCAGUCGCCCAACGUAGCCGGUAGCACACAACCUCAGCCGAUCUCCCAAGUACCUUCAACAGCACAACGAUAAAAAGAAGGAAGAAAUUAUGUCCCAUUGAAGUGUGCAAACUAUUAGAUAUGUUAUGGACUAAAAUGUAUAAAUUUAGCUAAUAUAGUAGGAUUGAGGUCGGAAGUAAGGCGACGACGACCUAUACGUAAUAUUGAUAAUGUGAUUUCCUUCGUUCAUUUUUUUAUAGUAUAAUAUUUAUGUUAAAUUGUGGUGUAAGUUGAAUCCGGUCAAAAUGAUCGCGUUAGGUGUUACAUUGAAUUGGGAUUGUUUCAUUUAGUCUCUGCUAAAGUAAGACAUUUCGUUUUAUAUAUAACAAACAGUAUUGGCUUUCGUAUACAAUUAAAUUACUGUAAUUGUAAAUAACGGUUAUUUUGUAAAGCUCAAAUUGGUAUUAGGAAUGGUACGUACAGUAUAUUUGUUGCAAAAAAACGCUUGGAUUGACUUUUGUAAAAAGUGUCAAUGUUCUGUAAAUAGUAGGAGUAAGUUAAGUCUUCUAAAACAAAAAAAAUUAUAAUCAAUGUAGCUAUUACACUUCAUAUGUGAAUUGAUAUCCCAAUGUACAUCACCAUUAUAUUAAAAAUACAUUAUUUUUAAGUAA